GUGCAAGCAGUUGGUUAAAAAAAAAGAAGUGAUCUCUGCAACAAAGCAUCAAGUAUUGUAUUGUAUUGUUAUUGUGUAGUUAUUGUUAUUGUACUGCACGCUCUCAGACUCUCAGAAACAAAGGUACUAAACCGUAUCUUUCUUGUCACUGGGGGUGUAUGCUCAAGGGGGCAUCUUUUAUUUGGAAUCUUGCAUGUAGUGUAACUUUAAAAUAUUAUUUUAAAAGCUAAUUAAAGGCGCAGGACUUGUCCUUAAGGUGCAGUUAUGUACAUUAAAUCGUUUUUAAGUAAAGGCUACAUUUGCAUUACCGUGUAGUAGUACUGAAUGUACAAAAGGUGUAUCCUUGAGUAAGAAGCAAAAGUCCUUUUUUGGGGGGGAAGCUAUUACUGUCAAAGGGCACGAGCUUUAUUGCUGAUCCAAAAAUGCGACGCACUAAUUUACUUUGCUCGGGAGAGUAAAUAACACUCCCGCUCGAAAUGUCAGUCUGGAGAAGAUUCCUGGGAAGAUGUAAACCACGCCUACUGCCUCUAAACCACGCCUACCCUCGCGCUACAACUUUCUGAAAGUCUUAAACUCCUCCCACGGCUUAACAAGCUAUUCUGCACGCGAGACUGAUGGAGGGGAACGGCUGAAGCCACGCCCACGCGCGCUCUGAUUGGACGGUUUUGGUUUUUAACUUUAGCCGUCCGGGCGCGCGUGGCUGAAAUGAAACCUGGGCGAUGCGCUCGCGCUAGGCUCGCGUUCGUACAGAGCGACUGCAACUUUAUGGAGCCCCGACCGGCUCGAGCAUGAAACGCGAGGACGUCACUUCUUCGCAUGACGACAUGCAGCGCGUGAAGCCCGGAGCCGCCGUGCUGCCGUUUAGCGUGGAGGCGCUGAUGGCGGAGCGGACACCGAGCCGGGCUGACAAAAGCGCCGGGGCGCGCGCGCGCUGCUGCUGCGAGGACGGAUCCUCCUUCUCCUUCUCCUGCUCGGUUGCGCGCGACGGAGACGCGUCACUGCAGGCGGAGAGCCCUGAGCGCGCGGACCGGAGCUCGUGGACAGAGAAUUCCCGUUUCUCCCCUCCUCCUCUUCCUCCUCCUCCUCCUCCUCCUCCAAGGCGCCUCAGUCCUCCUGCAUGUCCCCUGAGGAAACACAAGACCAACCGGAAGCCUCGCACCCCGUUCACCACGUCACAGCUGCUGGCGCUGGAGCGGAAGUUCCGGCAGAAGCAGUACCUGUCGAUCGCGGAGCGCGCGGAGUUCUCCAGCUCGCUCAGCCUGACGGAGACGCAGGUAAAGAUCUGGUUCCAGAACCGGCGCGCGAAGGCCAAGAGGCUGCAGGAGGCUGAGCUCGAGAAGCUGAAGAUGGCCGCCAAGCCCAUGCUGCCCCCGGGCACUUUCGGGAUUUCCUUUCCGCUUGGAGCGCACGUGCCGGCAUCGUACGGAGGAGGCGGCGGCGCGCACGCGUUUCAGAGACCUUCCGUGCCCGUUUCACCCGUCGGACUGUACGCAGCCGCGCACAUGGGAUACAGCAUGUAUCACCUAGCAUGAGGCGCGCGAGGAACUCUCCUUUUCACCCAGGGAUUUAGAGGCACGAGCAGAAACACUUCCACUCAUGCUCAUGCGCCACCGAGGUGCCAUUUUUAUUCACAUAAAUCACUGAGCGUGUGGCCAUGAAGCACCUAAACACACACACACACACACACACACACACACACACUAUUUGUAUGCAUUCAUUGCAAUGCGCUAGGAAGAUCCAGAGCGGUUUGAGCACGUGCUUUCAACAAUGCUACCCUUCGGAAGGGAUAUGGUGAACUGUAAAAUAUUGUAUAUUAGGGGAAAAAAGUUUUUAUAAUAUGAUUAUAUUUGUUGAAUAAAUUAACAAUAAAUUGUUUAUU